AUGCAACUAAAGCCAUGCGUUGUGCACGCAUCACCAAGGCCGAGGAAACAUCUCUCACUUGAAAAGAAGGUUGCCAUUGGUAUUGGUACAGGUAUGGCCUCACUUUUUCUGUUUAUAAUUGUGGCUUCUCUGUGUUGGUUCAAGAAGAGGAGGAAUAAGAAGAAGAACAGUGCCAAUGGUAGUAACCCAUCUGAUUCUUCUACUUUGGGGAUCUUCUUUGAGAAGAUAAGUUAUGAAGAGCUUUACAAUGCAACAAAUGGCUUCUCAUCAAGCAAUCUGAUUGGUUCAGGCAACUUUGGUGAUGUGUUUAAAGGACUGAUUGUCUCUGAUGAUAAACUCGUCGCUGUUAAAGUUCUGAACCUGCUGAAGCAUGGAGCAACGAAAAGCUUUAUGGCCGAAUGCGAAACUUUCAAGAGUAUGAGGCAUCGUAACCUUGUGAAACUGCUAACGGUUUGUUCAAGCCUCGAUUCUCUAGGAACCGAAUUCAGAGCUCUGGUCUAUGAGUUCAUGCCAAAAGGAAGUCUGGAUAUGUGGCUGCAUCCAGAAGAUCUGGAAAGGACAAACGAGGAGUCGAGAAGUUUAACAGUUCCAGAGAAACUCAACAUAGCAAUAGAUGUGGCGUCCGCUCUGGAGUAUCUGCAUGUUCAUUGUCACGAACCUGUAGCUCACUGUGAUGUUAAGCCAAGCAACGUUCUUCUGGACGAUGAUCUGACUGCUAAUGUUAGUGACUUUGGUUUGGCUCGGCUCCUCUAUAAAUUCGAUCCAGAGUCCUUCCUAAACCAGUUUAGCUCUGCUGGUGUUAGAGGCACCAUUGGCUUUGCCGCACCAGAAUAUGGAAUGGGAGGCCAACCAUCAAUACAAGGAGAUGCGUACAGCUUUGGAGUUCUACUUUUGGAGAUGUUCACUGGAAAAAAACCUACAGACGAAUCAUUCGGAGGCGAUGAUAACCUCCACAGCAACACAAAGUUGCUAUUGUCGAGAGAUGAGGAGGAGGAGGGUGGAGGUAGGAGCGCCAUUGAUAAGUGGUUGAGACUGGUUUUGCAGGUGGGAAUAAGGUGUUCUGAAGAAUAUCCGAGGGAUAGGAUGAGAAUGGCCGAAGCUGUACGCGAAUUAGUCUCAGUCAGAUCUAAGUUCUUCAGUUCCAAGACGACUAACACAGAGCUAAGCCCUCGGGAUGCUGUGAGAAGUUCUCCUCAGGAAUUGAUUUUAGAUGCAGACAUGCAUACAAUAUAG